CCCCGAAUAUUACUUGCUCGAUAACAUUCAUAAUAACGCGAGAGUUUGCAAGUUGCCUGACGACUGUAGUUGCAACUGUCAAAGGUAGAGUGGGAACGCGCAUAACCCAACACACUACUUACUAUAUUACUGUACACGGCCGCGAAGAUAAUAUCCGUAUAAAAAAAUACGAAAUAAUCCCGAGGUAAGGAACCGCAGACGGCAACCGAGGUCGAAUCUUUUCGUUCCUUUUUUCCUCAGAGGUGGCUAAGGACCGACCGUGACGACUGGCAGUCCGCCUGCACCUUCGCUCAAGACGGCAGGUGUGAUUGCCAUGUAACACCGGGAAAGGCGCAGCCAAACCGCCUGACCCUUACGUGGGUGACCCGGGCUACCCAGCCGGUUGUGCUGGGUGACUCCGACAUUCCAGCAUGGAGACCCCCAGUGUCCCCCGGCUGGCGAAGCUGUCAUCAAGGGGUCGUCCUCCAAAACAGGCCCACCCCCAGGAGACUGGCAGGACCACAGCCACAGCCCCUGAGAACAACAAACACAGUACACCCUGUAGUGAAAGAGGGGAGGGAAAGAAGAAGGGGCGUCCCAGAGCUGAAGUGCAGGAGCUCAGGAGUAUCCCUGCUAACAUGAUGGUCCAGUGGAAGGAGGAGUUUAAGAAGAGGUCCAGGGUAAAGUGUCCUGGUUCAGGCUGCUGGUUAGAGUUCCCCAGCAUCUACGGUCUCAAAUACCACUACCAACGCUGCCAGGGGGUGACCAUAGCAGAAAAAUGUAGUCAUGGCUGUCCGGACUGUAAGGCGGUGUUUGCCACUAAGGUCCGUCUCCAAAAGCACAAGCUGUGGAACCACCCCGAGAGGCCUACCAUCGAGACCAAGGCUGAGCCCAAACUACAUAAGACCCACGUGAAGGGGACCGCCAAGAAAAGGCCUAUGGAGAACACUCCACCGUCGCCUGUGUUCUUCAAAGCCAAAAAGACCCAGGAGGUGUCUAGUCCCUCCCAGAAUGGGGAGUGUUCCCCCCAGAGGGGGGAGAGGAAACAGCACCCACACCCCCAGCCCCCUCAGCAUCAGGCCUCCUCAUCUGACACCUCCCCCAACAGCCCAGGGGACAGCGAGAGCGAAGAUGAGGGGAGCAGCCUAUCCCCACCAUACCCCAAUGAAGACCCUGAGAGGACAAGGCACAGACGGAAGCAGAAAACUCCUAAGAAGUUCACUGGAGAGCAACCCUCUAUCUCGGGGACGUUCGGACUGAAAGGUAUGAACAAGGUAGAGGAGAAGUUGAAGGCUGGUCGUGUGAAGAGAUUAGAGGGGUGUCUGUUCAGCGAGGAGCCCCAGAGAAAGCACCCUGGUCCAGCCUCUAGGAGAGACCUACCACCCCUCACCUCUGCAGAGGCCCAGUGGCAGCAUGCCAUCUCAGAGCGGGGGGAGGUGGUGUGUCCUACCUGCUCCAUUGUCACCAGGAAGACCAUCCCGGGCCUCAAGAAGCACAUGGAGAUCUGCCAAAAGCUCCAGGAUGCCCUGAAGUGCCAGAAAUGCCAGAAACAGUUCAGGUCCAAGGCCGGACUCAACUACCAUACAAUGGCUGAGCACAGCAGCAAGGCUUUGGGGAGCGAGGACCAGAUGGGGGACGGGCAGGAGGAGAGAGAGAGGCUGCGCAGAGUACUCAAACAGAUGGGACGAAUCAAGUGUCCUCGGGAGAGCUGCUCAGCCCAUUUUUUCAGUCUGAUGGGAUACCAGUACCAUCAGAAGCGCUGUGGCAGAGAGCUAUCAGAGGAGGACAAGCCUGUAUUUCUGUGUCAGCACUGUGGGAAGACCUACCGCUCCAAGGCUGGCAGAGACUACCACCUCCGCACUGAACACCCCACCACCACUAACAGCAAUACCAACAAUACCACCGGCAGAGGGAUGAGAACAGAGGAGCCACAGCCUGCAGGAAGGAGGGAACAGAACCACGUGGAGAGAGAGAGGAAGGAAAAAGAAAAGUGGCAGGAGUUGUCUGCGGGUAGGGAGAAGGAUGGGAGAGAGAGGGAGAGAGAGGGGCUGGGGGAGGACUUUGAGAGGACUCCUAGUGGCAGGGUGAGACGUCGGUCUGCUCAGGUAGCAGUGUUCCACCUGCAGGAGAUAGCAGAGGAUGAACUGGCCAAGGACUGGGGCACAAAGCGUCGCAUCAAAGAUGACCUGGUACCGGACAGCAAAAGGUUGAACUACACUCGUCCUGGUCUUCCCAAGUUCAGUCCCAAGCUGCUGGAGAGCUGGAAGAACGAGGUCAAAGAGAAGGGCUUCAUCUGCUGCUCCAACGGAAGCUGUGAAGCUGUUUACUCCAGUGUGUCCGGACUCAAAGCUCAUCUAGCCAACUGUAACCAGGCAGAGGGCGAUGCAGGGAAGUACACCUGCUUGCUGUGCCAGAAGGAAUUCAGCUCAGAGAGUGGUGUCAAAUACCACAUCAGCAAGACACACUCACAGAACUGGUUCCGAGCCUUCAGCCACAUGGUGCCCAGCAGCAGCAUCAGCAGCAGGAGCAAACCGCCAGACAACCACGAGAAAACGGAGGUUAAGAACGGAGUCACCAUGGGAAAGAAGAGAGGCCGCAAGCCCAAAGAGCGCCCCCCUGAGGCCACCCCCGUCCAAACAAACACUUUUUUCAGCACCACCCAAAACUCAGCCCCCACUCUGAACAUGGCCCAGACCCCGGUCCCGACAGAGACAGGAAACCCAGGGAGCCUGACGCUAAACAGACAGCCCAACCAACCCACCACACGGAGGAGUAAGCCCAAGUGGGUGCCCCCUCCCUCCGAGUAGCUCUGCUUUCAACCCAAGAGCCAGAGAGGCUAUGUCUAUCUAUCCACAUUACGCCAGUAAGCUCAAGGAUGUUUUGGAGACCUCAAGGACUGGCGGACAGAGAACAAAACUAAAAACGACUGCACUCAGAUCUUUGCGUUUUAACAUUAAAUAUACUGUAUACAGUUUGUCUACUGGUAUAUGUUGAUAUGACAGUCAUUUUAUUUUGUUUCCUCCAUUCCAUUUCCAAGCAUCAUUUCAGUUAAACUAUUGACAACAGGGGUUCAUUGUAAUCAAAGUUAUAAUCCUACUCUGUGUAAAAAAUCUAUUUUUGUAAACAAAAGUAGUAUUUCAAAUGAAUGUUGGCAUAUUCCCUCUUCAUGUCUUUAGAUUCAUGUUGUGUUUGAGAGAUUUUUCAAAGGAUAUUCUAUUAGGAUAGUGAGGUACUGCUAGGGAUUUUUUUUAAUGGAUAUACUGUGUACUGUGUAUAUAUACUAUAUCUAUCUACAUACAGUAUAUACUCAAAGCAAUGACGUCAUCCCUCUUUUUUUCAAGGCAGGAAGGUCAAAUUUGGUCUAAAGCGAUCACACUCCUUUUCAUUUUUGUUGUUUUACACUUUGGCGUCUUUCGUUCGUUUUUAUUGUGGCAGCUGAAUGUCGAAGUAGAGGUUUUUUUUGAUCCGUCUGCUACAGUGCAAUAUGCUAAUUCGUUUUUGUCUCUUUGUUUUCUAUGGCUUUUCAAAGUUGUGAAAGACCACACUGUAACGCAUACAUCAAAUUCUUUACUGUGUUCUGAUGCUCUGGCUAAGCUACGUAGUUAGUCUUUGUUUCAAUUACACUGAAAUGUAGGAAAUUAGCACCAUUUUCACAAAAUGAUAUGAGAUUUUAUUGAAUUUUUUAUUUGACCUUGGGGCAUAUGAUUGGGGAUGUUAACGCAAACAUUUCUACACUAAAAUCUAUAUCUACACCCAAGCAAUGUAAACAGCAUAUCCACAAAGUUUGAAGAUGUGUAGAUUUUGUUUAAUAUAGGUUUCGCCAUUGGAGCUCAUAGUUCGAAUUAAAUGUGGGAAUGUUGUAGUAAUAGGUUCCCAUUUAAAAUGGACAAAAAUUCUCAAGCUCGAAUUUUCCUAGGACUGUCUGGUAGUCGGGAGGGGAAAACUGAGAGGUUUGGAACUCUCUUUGUUAGUGGUGUAUUAACCAAUUUAGCCUGGUGACGUCACCAGGCAAGCCGAAACUCCCGCCCAUGCAAACCUGCUGAUUAGAAGGUUCUGUGUAGAUUAAAUUUUCUACCAGUAACUAUCAGGAAAAAACACUGAUCAAUUGUUUUCACACAUUUACAGUGUUCGUUUCAUCAGCUGUGGUACAAUAUGAUACAAAACACAAGAGGAAGUGAAUUUUGACAGCACUGGGCAUUUAAAUAAUUCAGAAAAGGGAGCUGCAGUUAAUUUUUUUUUUAAUACAAGUUUAAGUUAGUUUAAUCUUUAAUGAAACGUAAAAAAUAAAAACCUAAAAUGAAGGCUUAGAUGUUGUGAUGUAUAAAGACAUAUUCCCGGUCAUUAAAAGACUUGUCUUGCACUUUAACCCUAACCCCUUUCCUCUCUUCCCGCCCAUUUUGUCUUUUUGCACAUGAAGAGCAAAGAGAAAAAAAACUUUCCGCUCCGGGAAGAAGAUGCCCUUAGACACAGAUUUAUAAUCAGCCCUGCCUAAAUGUUUACCUUAAGAAUUAUGGGUAAAGACACAAAACUGACCAUAGAUCAGCUUCUAAAGGGCAGCUUCACCCUACUCUAACCUAAACCUCCAAUAUGGAGGGUUGUUACCCAGGACUGUGAAAUAAAAAAUGUGGGGUCCAGAAAUAAGUACAUUUAGUUCUCUGUGCCCCGCUUUCCAACAGGAUUCAAUGAGUAGAUAACAGGGCCGCCUCAGUGAAUUCAAAACCCAAACUAAGCCAUAACUGAUCCUCAGAAAUGCUAUACAUUUUAGGCUGUGCUGCCAGUCAACUAUUUCAGCGUAAAAGGAAAUGACGUUUAAAUGAAAUGUCUUUAAUUUAUGAAAAUGCUAAUGUGCAAUCAGCUCAUUUUAAUAUUUUGUCUAUAAUAAAUACUUAAAGUAGAUACUUGAAUUCACAAAACAAUUGUAAUAAUUUGAUUUAAGUCAAAAUGUCAUGAAAUGUUUCAUGUGUAUUUAUAUCAAUAGAGCAGAAUAGCUCUCUCAAAGCGGCAGAUCUCUUUUAUAAUCACUUGUGUGUAUGAUCUAGUUAGUCUGAAAGUAGUGGCAGUUUGUGAAAAGGUUAUGGUUACAUGGUGCAAUUUACUCUGCUUGUUCAACCAGGACCGUUUUUCCAGAAAUGUUAUUACUUUACAAUAUGUCCUAUAAAUACAGGUGCUAAACUCAUACUGUUAUGAAACCAAUCUUAACCAUUAUGUAAAAAUAACGUAAAUAUCACAUUUACAGAAGUAUUCAGACACUUUACUCAUUACAUUGUGAUUACAUCAGUGAUUACAGCCUCGAGCUUG